AGCACGUAGGGUUAUUACCAUGCGGCGUGUCCGCGGUGCCUGAUUUCAGCGCUAAUUAAAACGAGCGAAGCGUUUUAGAAAGCGGCCCGUUCCCCCUCGAGCCCUUAUUCCGAGUGGAUAGUCCUGUCGGUUUGAAGCGCCCAGGUGUAGUGAGGAAGGGUGAAUUUGGAACGCGGCCCAUGCAUGCCUCAGGCUGCUCUUGGCAGUGUUUAGCUGUCAAGCAGAGUGAAGUCGGAUGCUUGCUAGCGCUAAGUGUUGCUAUUAAAAGCGCGUUUAUUCAUGUUUAUAUUUAAUUCGGUGGAAGUUUAAACGCGUAAUUCACAACAGGACGAGGGACAUUGCGGCUCUGCCUCUGGAGGAAUGGACGCUCACACUUCAUCACACACUCUCUCCCGGAAGAGGAGGAGAGACGACUCGAACGGAGAGACAGAGGAAGGAAACAUGACAGCCAAAUUAAAACGCCACACUGUGGCUCUAAGAGAUCCAGCUCCGUAUGCUGAUGAGCUCGAGUCGUUGGAGGAUCAGCCGUAUGAACGCGUCAGCAUGGAGGAGGCUCAAAGGGGAACACCACCUGACAGGCCCGUGAGGGUGUACGCAGAUGGCAUCUUCGAUAUGUUUCAUUCCGGACACGCUCGUGCCCUCAUGCAGGCCAAAGAUCUCUUCCCUAACACACACCUCAUCGUUGGAGUGUGCAGCGACGACCUCACACACAAACUCAAGGGCUUCACAGUGAUGAACGAAGAGGAGCGCUACGACGCCAUCACGCACUGCCGCUACGUGGACGAGGUGGUCCGUAACGCGCCGUGGACCCUCACGCCCGACUUCCUCACCAAACACCGGAUUGACUUUGUCGCUCAUGAUGAUAUCCCGUACUCAUCAGCAGGGAGUGACGAUGUGUACAAACACAUCAAAGAGGCAGGUGAGGGGAACGGACCCCACACACGCUGUUUUAUAUUCCGGAAAUUCCCGUUCAUUCCUAUACUUCAUCCCAUCUCAGGUAUGUUUGCUCCGACCCAGCGCACCGAGGGCAUCUCUACCUCCGACAUCAUCACGCGCAUCGUCCGUGACUACGACCUGUACGUGAGGAGAAACCUGCAGCGCGGCUACACGGCCAAAGAGCUCAACGUCAGCUUCAUCAACGAGAAAAAAUAUCAUCUGCAGGAGCGUGUGGACAAGGUGAAGCAGAAGGUGCGAGACGUGGAGGAGAAGAGUAAGGAGUUUGUGCAGAAGGUGGAGGAGAAGAGCAUCGACCUGAUCCAGAAGUGGGAGGAGAAAUCCCGGGAGUUCAUUGGAAACUUCUUGCAGAUGUUCGGGCCCGAGGGAGCGCUGAAGCAUAUGCUGAAGGAGGGGAAAGGCCGCAUGCUGCAGGCUAUCAGUCCUCGUCAGAGCCCGAGCAGCAGCCCGACCCAUGAGCGCUCGCCCUCGCCCACCUUCCGCCUCCCGUUCUUCACCAAGACCUCGCCGCCCUCCUCGCCCCGCGCCAAGCGCCCACGCCCUGACCUCGCCACUCAAGGCCAGAACAUCAGCGAGGAUGAGGAGGAGGACGACGACGAAGAUUAGGAAGGAUGACAUCAGACGCAGUCGCUCCUCUACAUCCUUCAUCAAAUAUGGACAGAAGAACGGAUUUUUUUUUUCCAGCUAUGGCUGUGUAAAAUCCGUCAGCGUUCAGGAGGGACUCCGCGUGUGUUGGUUUUACAGCAUGCCAGUGUUCUGGCUCGGUUUUCUCUAAAGAUCUGCUGGUUUCAUUUUUUUCUUUUACUCUGGAAUCAUCCAUCCAUCCAUGUGCAGAGGAUUUUCUUUUUAUUCAUUUUUAAAACAAAUUUUUUAUAUGGCUUAAAAAGAUGUUUGGAAAGGCUUUUUUUUCAAAUAUCAAAUCUCCUUGUUCAGUUCUUUAUCGUAAAAACAAAGCGUGCGCUAGUUGGUCACGAGAUGUGCUAUAAAUACAGUCUCCAUUCGCUAACGUGACACCUGUUGUCAUAGUUACACCUCUGGUGUUAUUUCUCUGUGCAAUUUAAAUAUCAGCCAAGGGCUGGGAGAAAAAAAAAAAACCUCCAUAGUAUUUUAUGAUUGUUGUCAUGGUUACACGGUAGGAAUCCAUAGUAUUCAUUCACCUUGGAGAGGGAAGAACAGCGCACACCCGCCGGCCAAUCAGAAAGGAGCAUUGUACAGAUUUUCAGACAAAUCGCAACUGUGCUCGAAUUUUAUCAUUAUAUCAAGUCUGUAGUGUUUGGUUUAAUAUUAAACACUACGCUUGACAACACUAGGAGGCGGCGCUGAAGUGCACCUGUUAAGGAACAUUAGCUGCGUUAGCCUGGACUGGGUUUAGGGUGCGCCGGAUAUUUAACAUCUAAUCCUGUCUUUUACGCUUAUUAUUAUUAUGACAACAUCUCUGUCUUGUUUGUUUGUUUUUUUUUCAUAAAAUUAAGCAUAGUCCUGAAGAAAGUGUUUGAAGUUGAGGAGCAUCAAAGCAAUCCCAUAAUCCUGUCCACUAAUCGAGUGAUUGGAAUGAUGGCGAGGACGACAGUAAACCUCGGUGAAACAUUAUGGAACUGUAAUAAUCGGCACAUACGCCGUCUGCGUUUGCUUUUCUGACUCGACGCUCCUAACGACCUCAGCAGGUUUUAUGGCACUGUUCGAGCUCUGAUCUGAUCAUAUGUGUAAAAUGUAGGAUUAUUAUAUACAGAUACUGUAAUAACCUCAUUAGUCUCACACUGCACAAAAGGGAGUUUCUUAUUUGUAAUUAUUUUUCUUCUGCCUGGUGUCUGCUCAGGUUUCUAAACGUCCCACAACACAAAAGACUAUUAAAUCAGUGUAAUAUGAACAAAA